GCCAUGGAGAAGGAGGAGGGGCUCAAUGCCCAGGUGAGGCCAGGACAGGGUUUACCUGGCCAGGUGAAGCCGGGAAAGAGAAGCAAGCGAGGAAGAAGCCAGCGGAGGCCAUGGCGCAGGUGCUGGACCUGGUCCCCUGGCCGCCGGACGGGGCCCCGGUCUUUGCCUCCCCGGGGGUCCUGGUCCCGCUGGAGCCGCGCAAGGCCAUGCUGGCCGGGGUCAAGAGCCAGAUCUACCACCCGGCCUUGCCCAGCCUCCGCCGCAUGGACAUGGACACCGUGGCCAACCGCCUGACCGACGAGCACUCCCGCACCACCACCUACUGCACCAAAGAUGACUUUAAAAAUGCAACGUUCACUUUGGCCGGAGUCCCCAACCUACGCCUACCGUCCCUGGGGAUGACGGAGCUGGGCCGGUCGCUGAGGUCGUGCUGCCACCCGGGGAAGAUGGCCCCGGAGAUGCCGGGCGCGGACCGGGAGGAGUGGCCCAGCUUCACCGGGGCCAUGGACGACUGGUCCCGCUUUGUCUCCACGGCCGGGGAGUUCAAGCUGCCCAGCGCCAAGAAGCACAUCCUUGGCUUCAGCUGCUACGCCUUGAGGUACCUCAAACCGGACGUCACACAAACCUGGAGGUGCUGCCUGAACCAGAACCGCAGCCUGGACAGAUAUGGACCAAAGCCUCUGCCUUACAACACUGUCAAUACCUAUAGGAGCUUUGGGUCGGCACACAGCCGCUCCCAUUACCUCCAGCCUUGGCGCUAGGAAGACACACGGAUCUUUUUCGACCGCAGAAGAGCCGUAAAGAAUGCGUAAAAGCCGUCCGCUGCCUCGGCAAAGGAAGGCCUGGCGAAGAAGGUGUUUUCUGGUUGAAAUAAAAUCAGAAUUAAAGUUUUAA